AUGUACUUCACAGGGUGCUCCCUACUCCCUGAUCCGUUUGCAGGGAACGUGGGUGAAAGGAACUUCCCUCCACAAAAUUCCACCAUUUGGAACAUCCUGCGAAGUCAUCAUCGCAGGCGUCACUUCCUCCGGGAUGAGAAUCAGUCUAAACACCCUGAUGAGCUGGCUAAAUUUCCUGGCCCUCUUAUGAGCAGUAAGAUGCAGAAGAAGGAGCUGUUUCAGUUUAUUACGAUGAAAUCACAGAAGUGCCUUGAUGAAAUCGCUGAGCCUGAUCAAGUGGAGGCCUUUUUCUUCUGGCAGAUUGUGGGAUUGUUCUGUGCUCAUAAUGGAGAAGUGAUGAUGUGUGAAGUGGCCAGACUGCUCUUCAGGGCCUAUAGCUUGCUUAGACAGAGAGCUUUAGGAUGUAAAGGUGCUUUGAGCCACGAGCAGUGGUGCCUUCCUCUGGCGCGGCUUUUGUGCUCCAACAUCCCAGAUGAUAAACACAGAGAGCAUGUGAUUGAAAUGGGAGACUAUCUCGCCUCCAGAGGACUGAUCUACGCCGCUCAUAUCUGCUACGUAGUGGCGAAAGUGGAACUAGGCUCACAUGAGUGGAUGUAUCUAGUCGGAUUCAACAGUUUGCCUAAUGGACUCGCAGCCCUGAAUGAAAGCGUUAUGAGCACAGAGACGUAUGAAUACAUGUUGUCACUGACCUCAGGUCAUGCCCAGACAAACUUCCAGAUUUUCAAGUUGGACCAUGCCAUAAGACUGGCCAUGCUUGCACUUGAUGAUACAGCGUUUGAGUACUGUGAGACCAUUGCUAGAGCAGUCAUCACCUCACCAUGCUGCUUCACAACAUCCCUAAUGGAAAAGCUUAUUUUGCUGUCUAUCAACCUGUACUCUAAACGACAACAGGAAAAGGAACCUGAGUGGCUGCUACACCUUCUCCAGCUGCACAGCCUCAAGGUAGCUGAUGUGAAUGCAGAUUAUUGUGAGCAGCCUGGGCCAUUCACCAGCUCUAAUGUGGGACCAGAGGAGCUCGAGCCAUCUACCAGCUCUAAUGUGUUUUGUGAGAUCCAGCAGUCUGAAUGUGGAACGAUCCCUGCUUUCGAGUCUCUUUAUCUCGAGCAGCACACUGACCCAGAGGCUUUGAAUCCCUUCUGUUAA